AUGGACGACGAUGGUUUGGUGCUUUAUGCGGUUUUCGAGGAGGACGAGGCUGAGCUCCGUGCAGCGCAUGCCGAAGGCGUGGCACUGCAGGCCGCAGACGCAAGAGGCUGGACGCCCGUGCUGCACGCCGCCUUCGCCGGCAAAGUCCAGUCCCUUAGGAUUCUGAUGGAGCUUUUGGGCCUGGCAGCUUUGGACGCCCGCACCCCCGAUGGGAGCUCAGCGAUUCACUUGGCUGCAAGCGAGGGUAACGUGGAAUGCUUAGAGGCUUUGGCAGCCUUUGGUGGAGAUCUGACGGCUACAGACUCCAGCGGCUGGACGGCAGUGCACGCUGCAGCUGCAGCCGGAAAGAUUCGAUCCUUGACGGUUUUCAGUGUCCUUGGCCUUGACUUGAGCUGCAAGACCCCAGAGGGCUUGACGCCGGCCCAUUGCGCAGCGAUGAGUGGAGCAUCCAUGUCCUUGCGGAUACUGCAGUCUCUGGGGGCCAAGCUGGACGAAGCUGACAGCGAGGGUGAGACUCCUUCACAUAAAGCAGCUGCAGCUGGGCAUGUGGAGUGUUUGCGUGAGCUUUACCUACUCGGGGCUCAGGCGGAUGCUCUUGACCAACAUGGCCGCACUCCAGCACACUUUGCAGCUGCCGAGGGAGAGCUUGCCUGUCUGAAAUGCCUGCAUGAGCUGGAUGUCAGGCUAGACACAGAAGAUGCCAUGGGUGAGACCCCACUGGAUAAGGCAGAUAUCGAGGAGCAAGCAGCAUGUGUACAGUUUCUGCAGGACCUUCUGAACUUGGAGCGUGUCACGAACUGA